AUGUUCACCUCCGAAGCCACUAGAAUUGCGAAGCUCUGGGACUUAUCGCAAUCUACCAACGUCCUCGCGAAUUCCACCGAGAUGAUCAUGCUCAAGUCCAACGAAAACGAUGCACCCAAAAACGACAGCGUUAAGGUCGGAUCGGAGGAAAGCAACAGACCAUACCAAGCCAGGGUCCACAAGGACCUCCUUUGCUUAUUCUCGACAUACUACCGUACGACGCUUCAAGAAGUUGACCUUGGUAUCUUCGACAACUCACUGUCUUUGAACCUGGAUUCAAUGGCUUGCCAUAUGCUUACCGACAUGCUUGCACUUCGUCGUACUGUUAUGACGGAGGUUGUGAGGGACACUCCGCCAGUUCCACCCCUUGAGCAAGCCGCCAUAGUGCUCAAUCUCUUGCCAUCGACUGCACCCCUAUAUGGCUGGCUUUUGGACCAAUUCACACAUCACGUGGUACUUCAGUACGAUACACCCACUAGUUUGUUGCCAAAUGAGUUCCUCGUGGAUUGGGUCAAAAGAGCGCUGCACGAAGGCCUUCAAGAGUGGGAAUCUACAUGCUACGUGGCCGGAGUUCCUGAGAUCAAUAGACCUAAUGCCCAAGAAUUCGGAAAACGACCAUCUCGUAAUCAAACUCACUUCGGAGGUCUGCGAGCAAGAACAAGUUCCAUGAUCCGCCAUUUGAUCUGGUUCUAG